GACAGGCGCUCCAGUUCCGGGUCAAGCCGCUCUGCCGCCUCCCUGGGCCUCCGCCAUGGCGAGCGGCAGCGGCGCCGGGGCGGCGGGGGCGGCCGCGGCGGCCAAUCUGAACGCGGUGAGAGAGACCAUGGACGUUCUGCUUGAGAUUUCAAGGAUUUUGAAUACUGGCUUAGAUAUGGAAACCCUGUCUAUAUGUGUGCGACUUUGUGAGCAAGGGAUUAACCCAGAAGCUCUGUCAUCGGUUAUUAAGGAGCUUCGCAAGGCCACUGAGGCACUGAAGACUGCUGAUAAUAUGACUAGCUGACUUUCUGGAGAAAUCCUGAUGACGUGUGUCAAGCUCUGCGAGAGGAUUUGAAGGUUGCAUCGUAGUCAAGAGUGAACGGUGAAAUUACUGCAUGCAGCAGCGUAGGAAAAUGUUCUUUUAAAGAAUAAAAAACCAUAGCUUUAUAAAUCAGUGAAAAGUGACUCACAGAAAGAACCAUCAGAUAUGUUUGCAUCUUAUCUCAUUCACUUUUUUUUGAACUAUCACAAUGCUUUGGCAUUGCAGUGUUCAUAUUUGCGUAUUCCUUGUUUAUAACUCUGAUGGCUUUAAUUUUCUGAGCAGUCUGUGCGUCAGAUGUGCACAUGUGCGGCGCCUGCUUGAGUGCAGGGGAAGCCAUCAGUACUGACGCUGUGACUCGUUGACAUUUCCAUUAUAAACUUUAAUUUGAAUUGUUUAUGUGUAAUAGCUGUGGAUUUAUGUCGGAUUGGGCUGAAAGUUGACAGGAUUUCAGCCACCAUUUGAAUUUUCAUUUAGAUUCGUUAUGUAUAUCAGAAUGUUGUUUUGUGAAAAGCAUAGAAAACAUUUCUUGUAAUGUGUGCUCUUUACCAAUGAAUACUUACUUUUUCAAACAGGUUUUGGCCAGUGAUAGAGCGAAAAGGCCAUUUUUUAUAUUAGUUGAAAAGUAAAAUUUUUAGAAACAGAUUUACAAAAUGCUGACAGUACUUAGCUUAGUAUUAUAGUUUGAGUCAUUUAAUAAGAAUUUUAGUUAGGGGUGUUUCUCUUUCAAUUUUUUUACCCAUAAAACUGGAGUUAUUCUAUAAAUUAACACCUAAGGAAAUGUAAAGAGUAAAACAGUUCAUAUGCACAAUUCAUUUUUGCUUUUAUCAUAUAAAAGUAUUUGGAAUGUUUACUUUCCACUAAGUCUUGAGUGGUUACUUAAUCACUAGAUGGGUGGUAUGUGAACAGAUAUAUUUUCUGAAGAUUAAGGGUUUCUAGUAUUGAAGCAAAAAUUAAAUGUUCUGCAUCAGGAGUUACAAAUACUACAUUCUAAAGUCAUUUUAUGUGAUUAUGUUUACCCUUAAAGUUACAACCAAAAUUGUGACGCAGUGGUAAAUUUUAGAAAAUUUUUCAGUGUGUUGAUUCUUUCCAUGUAACAGAAUCGGAAUGGAAAUUUUUUUUUUUUUUGCAAGACUAGUAAAAAUUGAAUUUGAUUUUAUUAUUUCCCAAAUUUUAUAUUUUGUUACAUACCAUCUAGAUGAUAAUAAAAGCAUUCAUCCUUUAUUUGCAUUUUCUGUUUUACAGAUGAGCUGAUGAAUUUCAAAGGGUUAAUAUUUGAAUAAUAACUUUUUCUUUUUUUAAUUUAUGCUUUUGGUCAUUUUGACUUUUUAAAUGCUUAUUAUCUUACACUGGAUAUAAUCUGUCAUUGACAGAAAAGUUGGGGAGACAAUAAGAACUUGUGACAAAUCAUUCAGAUAAUUAACACUGCAGAUAACAGAAAGCAUCAGAGACCACUUGUCCUACUUGAGAAUUUGUAUGUAUUUCUAGGCUUUAAAAAUUAUCAUUUUAUUUAUGACUGUAUAUUAAACUAUUUAUGAAAUAGUUAGGAAAAUAUAUUGAGGGAUUAUGUUUGCAGAAGACUUCAUUAAUGCGUCACAUUUCUUAAAUGUAAACAUAUAUUUUUAAUGCAUACUUAAGUAAUGUUUAAGAAACUGAAUAAAAUUAUACAGUUGCAGUGUUGUGCAUGUUGUCAGUGAAAAAAUAAAGCCAUUUUGUGGA